AUGAACGCGGAUCUGCACAAGGCCUCCAGGUCGGGAGACGAGGCCCAUGUCACUAGGCUGCUUCAGAAGGGAGCUCAGGUGAACUAUGUGUCUCCCCUUGUCAACGACAAUGCCGGGCCCUGGGACAUGCAGGGCUGGACUGCCAUGCACUGCGCUGCCUACUGGGGCCACGCGCAAUGUGUGGAGACGUUGUGGGAUUGGGGGGCGAGUUUGAGGGCAAGGACCGCGAUCCACAACAUGACUGCACUGCACCUUGCAGCUGUCAACGGGCAUGCAGAUGUUGUCGACAUGCUCUUGGACCGCGGGGCUGAGAAGGAUGCG